AUGCUGUGUAUUACCGGCUUGUUCUUUCUUGCAGAAAUCAUUGUUGGUUAUUAUACUGGCUCUCUCUCUCUGGUUGCUAAAAAGACACAAUAUAACCCUAAAUACUCAUAUGGUUGGCAAAGAGCCGAAAUCCUUGGUGCACUUGUGAAUGGCGUGUUUUUGUUUGCAUUAUGUUUUACCAUUUUUAUAGACUGCAUCAAACGAUUUGUUACGCCUGAGCCCGUAACUCAACCGAUCAUGGUAUUGAUCACAGGUAGUGCAGGUCUAGUUGCAAAUUUGAUUGGCUUAUUUAUAUUUCACGAACAUGGACAUCACCAUCAUCAUCACCACCAUGAAGAUCAUGCAGGACAGGAUCCAGAGUCAAUGGAAGGUCGCAAAGGGCAUUUGAAUAUGAGAGGUAUCUUUUUACAUGUCUUAGGUGAUGCAUUGGGUAAUGUUGGAGUUAUUGCAUCGUCACUGUUUAUUUGGUUGACGGAUUACAGUUGGAGGUUUUACUUUGAUCCUGCUAUGAGUUUGUUGCUGACAAUCAUCAUCUUUUUAUCGGCAAUUCCUUUAGUCCGACAAACAUCAUUUAUCCUUUUACAAGGAGUACCUCAAAGUGUUCCAAUAGACGAUGUCAACACAUCACUUUUGAAGUUAGAAGAUGUCAUAUCUGUACAUGAAUUGCAUGUCUGGCAAUUAUCAGACACAAAGUUAAUUGCCUCACUUCAUGUCUUACUCAAAUCCCGUGAAGGAUACAUGGUAUUGGCUUCCAAGAUUCGAGAAGUUUUGCAUGGCUAUGGCGUUCAUUCAGCUACCAUUCAGCCCGAAUUUGUUGAAGAUCAAUUAGAUGAAAAGUAUGAUGGAUCCAGAAAUACACAUAUGAUUUACAGCAGUCCCAACGAGGUAAACAAAGAAGUGAUUGUUGUCUAUACUAAACCAAACAUAGGAUUCAAACAACUCGUCAUCAUGUCUUUUACGUUGUACUGA